AUGCAGACUCCCCUGGAAGAUUCCAACAUGGACCUUGGGCAGAUGCUCUCGGUCAGGCACUCAGUGCCUACGCUAACGGGAGAAACCAACUUUCACCCGUGGGAAGCAGCCCUCAAAUCAGCUCUUGAUGAUAUCAACCCGGAAUUAUGGCGAGUCAUUACAGGCGAGCGUAUGCCAACCAUCUCGGCCCCAAUUUGGUGCAGCCCAGAAAAUCUAAUUACUUUCGUCGAACCACUAUUGCAUGUUGCCUGUCACGGGUAUUUCAUUAUCUUGGCCUGCGAGUAUCCGAGCAUCCUAGCAUAG